AUGACAACCACUCUUUGGUCCGAGUCCUAUACAUCACGCUCCAGCUCUCCAGCGGAACUCACAUAUCCUCUAGUACCACGGUUCUACAUCAGGCUCGUUUAGAUUGGUUGGUAUUGCUAGGCCUGGUGGCUGAUGAUCAUGUGGAAGACACAGCAAUCCGACGAACGUAGCAAGUAUCCAACCGUCAACAUGACGGCAAACGCGCAGAAACAGACUGACCCGUCAUUGCCAUUCUUGGAGAGAGCACUCAAGCAGUCCUUGCAUUCGCCAACCUUCCUGGACGUGAAGUUUUUUGCGUUCUCACGCAGAACAUACCUUGGAGACGGCUCAAUCAGAGUAGAACGGCCGCAACACGUCCUUGCGAUUAGCUCGGUAUUGAAGAAAACCGAUUACUUUGAGAAAUUGUUAUCAGGUGGCUUUGCAGAGUCUAACGCUGUACGAGUUCCCAUAGACGCACCUUUCCCGGAGGAUAAGGCACCUUUCAGUGACGAGUAUGAUUAUGACUCCGAUAGCGACCUUGACGAUGAAGAGACCCCUGACGGCGACAUGGACAUCAUCAGGAUGCGAGAAGAUGGAGAGAAUGUAGCUGGUCCAAGUGGUUCGAACGCUGGUCAUUUGUCGUAUGCUGGUGUUCAGUGCCAACAAAUCAUCAUAACAGAUGUGGCCUAUUUGACAUGGCGCGCAUUUGUUUUCUACCUUUACUUCGGCAAAGUCAACUUCCUCCCGCUAAAAUCCGCCGUGGACGAGGACAGAGCAGCAGAACUAGAGCGGGCGCUGAACGACGAGAACGCCGUACCCCCGUGCUCACCGAAAUCGAUGUAUCGAUUGGCUGAGAAGUAUGGCAUCGCAGAGCUGCAGACUCUCGCUUUUGAGGCCAUUCGAUUACGGCUUUCUGCGAAGAAUAUUGUGCAAGAAGUCUUUUCGCGCUUCACAUCCAGGUACGAACGGGUGCGGGAGCUAGAGAUUGCCUUCAUGCGUUCGCACUAUUCCGAGCUUGGGGACGCACUCUCUAGUAUCACGGAUCGGCUUGUGCAGGGCGACUUCCCCUAUGCCGGAGAGGUGCUGAAGACCCUGCUCGAUGUCAAAAACGAGCAUAGCAUCGCCCAAGCUGCCUACAAAGGACACAGUAGCACGGCGGCAGCAGCGGCAAGCAGGCCCAUGCGAGGACCCUCGGUUCUCCUCCCUAAUUUGGGCCGAAGGUCGCAGUCGAGGGGGAACGUAGCCCCACCGCCAUUCAGGUCCAACUAUCACGCGCUGUUCAGUCCGUCUCAGUCUACUUCGACCGUGGCCGCUGCGCCCAUGACGGUGUCGACGUCUGGCGGGACGGGCAGUGGCUCAACGAACAAUGCGUCGACAGCUCCGGUGUGGUACAGCUUCACGGCAGCGGCCGACGACGACGACGACAUGUGAUGGCUUGAAGACAGGAGUGUAUAAUAGAGAGGAUCGAUGAUGUACUAGGACCUGCCAUGUGUUCCUCGGACUUGGUGCUGUUAGAUAGCCAGCCUCUUUGUAGUGUAGUUUUCGUCGAGGAUGUAUAGCAGUGUAUGAAUUAGAUCUCGUGCGACUCCUGCCUAUCUAAUACAUCACUUCUAGACAACA